AUGCCCGUAGCCACGUUCCAACAGAUGAAGACAGUGUUUCUGCUGCUGCUGUUGUUUACUGCGACACCUGUCUUCUUAUUGAUCCGGAGCUCGGAUAAGAACAACACAUCACCCAAGCCGACCUGGGAUGACCACAGCACUAUCAACCGCAAGAGAACCCAUGAUAGUUGGAAGGAUACUGGUAACUUGAGGAAACUGUCAGAUGAACAGGAUGAAACAGCAGAGGCUUUCAGACAGAUAGCGCUCAACCGGCGCCCCAAGUUUGCUCAGGGAGCUCCAAACUUUGUGAAAAGGUUGCCAAAGUUUGACCAACAACCGAAACAUGAGAUAAAGUCUAUAGUCAGAAAGGUUCCGAUUGUUAACGUCAAAAGAGUGAACCCGAUUCUGGAAGACAAGACGAUAUGGGCUGACAAUCAGACAUUGCAGAGAAUAAGGAAGUAUGCUUUUCGUAUGAGGACUGAAAGAAUGACACGAUUAGAAAUGGCAGGAAUGGGGAAGAACAAAGACAUUCGUCUCUGCGGGGGAAUGUACGCAAGGCAAUGUGCUCUCCAUCAAAAGAACGAAAUACGUCAUUAUAAGACCUGUGCAGUUGUGGGUAAUGGCGGAAUAUUGACCAACAGUCUUUGUGGCGCGGAAAUCGACUCUCGUGAUUACGUCAUUCGCUUCAGCCUCGCUCCCGUCUCAGGAUACGAAAAGGAUGUCGGGACAAAGACCAAUCUAACCGUCAUGAAUGUUCAAAUUGUUUACAGAGUUGUACAGAGUCAAAAGCUCAGCGGUACAAAGAACGUUUACUCACCGAGACUUAAAAGGCUGAACGGGACAGCUCUCUUGUUCUUGGUCAAUGGCUAUGAGCGAAAAACUCUCUUCAAGCAACUCUUCAGGGCCGUCAAAGCUAACAAAAUCUCCGUAACGGUCAAUUAUGUUAACCCCAAAAGUGAUGUCAAAAGCAUCUUAAGGAAGAUCUUCCCCGAAUUAAGCAGACAUCUCGGCGCAGUCUUGACAACAGGGAUGUCCACUAUCAUUGCAGCCACCAACUUCUGUGAUAAGAUAUAUCUGUACGGGUACUAUCCGUACAGGACUGCCCCUCAAGGGUUCUGGUACCGGACACUGCCGUACCACUACUACCCGGAUGACUAUAUCCAACCUGCUGUGAUGGAUAGGAUACAUAACUUCACUACGGAGUACCGGAUUCUGAAGGAGAUGGAGAAAAGGGGCGUGGUGACUCUGAUGACGGACAGGUGUCAAGUGCCUGUUUCGUUAACAGAUUUAGUCUUCCAUUGAUGACAGUCGAUCAGCAAAUGCAAUACUUAAUGAAACGAUGAAUUCAAUAUACGAACAAAGAAGCAAAGAAUUCAUAUACUAGUACUUCUUUCAAGUAGGUCUUUCUAUAUUUUCUAACUUACACUGAUGCCGUUCCUUGUUCAAUGAGAACAAUAUUCGUAUUCCAAAUAUUCCAAAACCAUAUCCAGUUGCUUGAGUAACUACUUUUUGGUGUAUCUUGUUACCUGGA